AUGUCUGCCCAGGUUCCCGAUAUCGAGAAGUAUGCACCAUCAGAUUCUGGUAGUUCUGAGGCGUCUGAUAUCCUUGAUUUGAAAGAUGAUGAGGGAUGGGAAGAUGCUGAGCCAGAAGAAGAAGAACAAAACCAAUUUGUAUCAUUAUUAGAUGAUGAAGUUUUCUCUGAUAUGAUUGCUAUGAUUCAACAUUGCAAGGAGAAGUAUGGCUUUGAUUUCUUAGAAGUCAGACAAAGAUUGGGCCUAGACUUUUAUGGCAGUAUCAAACUUACCAAUUAUCUAAGAUCCAAGACUCAAAGUGGUGAGAAGCCUUCUCAAAAUAUUUCCAAGGCCGACUUGGAAGAUGAGAAAUACCUCAAGCCAGUUUUGGAGGAUGAUGCUUUUCUUUUCUGCCUCGAUGAUCUUCCUGAUAUCGUCGAACAAAAUGAAGGCACAGGAAAUGGCAAGGAAGUCGAAUCCGGGCCCCUCGUCGCUCGUGUAUUUGAGUUAGAAGAAGAGCUCAGAAGAAUUCAAUCUCAAUUUGAAAAUUACAGAAACACUGUCAAUGAAACUCUGGAUGAACGUUGGAACAAGUCCGCGGGACCUUCUGAAGCCAAAAAGGAGGAGAAGCGAGAUGAUGAUAGCCAAUAUUUUACGUCUUAUUCAUACAAUGAUAUCCAUGAGACCAUGCUGAAAGAUACUGUUCGUACCGAUGCCUAUCGUGACUUCAUCUACAACAACAAGUCUCUUUUUGCCGGAAAGAUUGUUUUGGAUGUAGGAUGUGGCACAGGUAUUCUUAGUAUGUUCUGUGCCAAAGCUGGUGCAGCUCGAGUGAUUGGUGUCGACAAUUCAGAUAUCAUUGAGAAAGCCCGCGAGAAUAUAUUCAACAACGGCUUCGCCGAUAAAAUUACUUUACUCAAGGGUAAAGUUGAGGAAGUCAUUCUCCCUGUUCAACACGUCGACAUUAUCGUUAGUGAAUGGAUGGGCUAUUGCUUGCUGUAUGAAGCUAUGCUCGACAGUGUCAUUUGGGCACGAGACAAGUACUUGAAGCCUGAUGGUUUAAUGGUUCCAAGUCACAUGAACAUGUGGGUUGCUCCCGUUGCUGAUCCAGAUUACGUCGCCGAUCACAUCGAUUUCUGGAGAGAUGUUUAUGGAUUCGAUAUGAAAGCAAUGCAAGCCGGAAUUCAUGACGAUACACAAGUCCUCGAUAUGCCAGCUAGUACGAUCUGCGGCGAGCCCUUCCCAUUCUUGCAAUUAAGUCUGCACACAACCACAGUCAAAGAUCUUACUUUCAAGAGAAAAUGGGAGUCGAAGCUCACCCAGGAUGUCGACACAUUGGAUGGCUUCAUGAUUUGGUUUGACAGCUUCUUCAUGCCCUCACGAAAAGACGAGGUUCCUGAGAAUGCAAAAGCUGAGGAAUGGGCCAAGGAAGAGAAAAAGGGAGUUGCAUUUACAACAGGUCCAAGAGCUAAGGUAACACAUUGGAAACAAGGUGUGUUGCUCAUCGAUACUGCUAAACAUCAGCCAAAGGAACAUAAGGCAGGUGAGCAAAUCAGUGGAGAGUUAGAGUAUCUAGUUGCCGAUGAUUAUUCAAGAGCUCUAACUAUCGGCAUGGACUGGAAGUUUGAUGGUGAGGAGGCUGCCAAAUCUCAAACGUGGAAGAUGAGAUAA